AUGGAUUUUGAGUUGUGGCUAAGGCCAACUUUUCCAAAAAGUGCAGGCACAAGAGGGACAGUGGUGUUGGUCUCAAUCACUAAGAAGAGUUGGAGAUACAUCAUGGGUAUUCUCCCAUUCCGUUGCCGGGCACUUCCGCGCCGCGAGCUCGCUGACCUCUCAAUCACCGGAAUCCGCGGAGCAUCGCUGCCGUUCCCGAUCGCUUUCUUCCGCCGUAACCUAGCGCUUGGCGACGGUGCCAAUCGCCGGUCGGAGCACGCUCGAGUGGUUCCUGCGCCGCAUGAAGCUAAGGAGCAACGCUCCAAUUCGGUGACUGCGCGAUGGAGUUGUAAUUAUGGUGGAUUCGCUUGCCGGAGGAGGCUCUGA